AUGGAAAAAUAUUUGAAACGAAAAGCUUCAUCACCAACCGCUAAUGAUGCAUCCAACAAUGUGAUUGAUGUUAACGAUCUUCCUUGGGAUCCAUUCGAAAGAUCCAAAAUUAUAACUUAUAACCCAAAUCAAAGAGACGAAAUUAGACGGAAAUAUUUGUGGUUGGAAUACAGUGUAAAAGUAGAUAGAGCAUAUUGUUUGCCUUGUUACUUGUUCAGAGACCAAGGUUGGAAUCAUGGGAUAGAUGCAUUUGUGGCGGAAGGAUUUAAUAGUUGGAGUAAAAAAGAUAGACUUACGCUUCAUGAGGGUGAGGUUAAUAGUUUUCACCAUAAAGCACUUAAAAAAUGUGAAGAUUUGGUUAACCAAAACCAAUUAAUUGUUGUUGCCCUUCGUAAACAAACAGAACUCAUGAAGACCGAGUACCACAUGCGAUUGAAUGCUUCCGUUGAAAUUUGUAGAUAUUUGUUGGAGAAUGCUUUACCAUUUUGUGGCAACGAUAAGUCGGAAAAGUUUAUGUACAAAGGGCUUUUCUUGGGGACUUUAAAGUUAAUCGAAAGAGCAAAUGGAGAGAUUGAAAAGGUUAUAUUACAAAAUACACCGAAGAACAAUCAAUUGACAUCUCCAAAGAUUCAAAAAGAUCUUGUUACUUGCUUUGGAAAAGAGGUGUUGAAAGGCGUUAUUGGGGAAAUUGGUGAUGAUGUAUUUGCUUUGUUGGUGGAUGAGUCUAGUGAUGUCUCUAGAAAAGAACAAAUGGCCGUGAUUUUGAGGUUUGUUGACAAAGUCGGAAUUGUUCAAGAAGGAUUUAUCGGCAUUGUUCAUGUCAUGGAUACAUCUGCUAUAAGUCUUAAAUCUGCCUUGGAUAGUUUAUUUGCAAAACAUGGAUUGAGUUUCACAAAGGUAAGAGGACAAGGUUAUGACGGUGCUAGCAACAUGAGUGAGGUUAUACAGGUGCUUGAAUAUGUUGAAGAUGAUGGUGAUAAUGGAGCUAGUCGGCUUCAAGCAAGAGGUCUUUUAUCAUACUUAAAGACAUUUGAAUUUGUGUUUUAUAUGCACUUGAUAUCAACGAUCUUAGGAUUAACAAAUUCAUUGUCUCAAGCUCUUCAAAGGAAAGAUGAAGACAUCUUGGAAGCUAUUGAUUUGAUAGGUACAACCAAAGGUCAAUUACAAAUGUUGAGGGAAAAUGGGUUUGAUCAAUGUUUUGGAGAAAUGAACUCUUUUUGUGAUAAACAUAAGAUCGUGAAAUUGGAUAUGGCUGAAGCUUAUGUUAAUACACGAAAUUCAAGGAAAAUGAUGAACAUUACCAAUCAACAUUAUUAUAACUAUGAUAUAUUCAACACUGUUUUGGAUAUGCAGAUCCGAGAGUUUGGUGAUCGUUUUGGUGAGAUAAGCACUGACUUGCUUCAAAACAUGGCAGCUUUGAAUCCACACAAUUCGUUUUCUCAGUUUAACAAAUCAAGCCUAUUGAAGUUGAGUCAGAUGUAUCCCUGA